CACUUAGCUCUGAUUUUCGAACCCUAACUCCGAAAAUUCCCGAUCUAUAGUUUCCAAAAGCUCCUCAAAUUCUACAUUUCCAGUAGUGCACUAUCUCCCUUUCUCCAAUGGCUUCUAAGGACCCGGAGGACGCCUGCAACACGGUGGAGACGGACGAGGAGACAAUUGCGCUCAGGAAGAAGCGCUCGCGGCGCGUGAGCUUCGCGGACCGAGAAAUCACCUCCGUCCACAUCUUCAACCGCGACGACGACUAUGAAACUCCCCCUGAUUCCACUCCCAGGUCCAGCUCCGAGCAGGAGCAGCAGAUACUAGGCCUCUUCAAGGACCUGCCCGAUAGUGAUGAUUCUGAUGAUGGAGACCAUGAGGAUCUUUUGGUUGGAAGGAAGUCGUUCUUGAGGCCAAUUGAGUCGCCUUCUCCUGGUGGAAGUAGCAUUAACGGUUCUGCUACUUCAAAUGAUGAAGACAACUUUUUUGGGCCUGUGUCAGCGAGCUUUAUCCAACCUGGACGGUUGUCUGAUUCUGGUGCCUCAGAUGAUCAUCAUGAAGUUACAAUGGAUUCCACAGCUUUUUCAAUGCAUUUCCGUAGUCUUGUGAGGUCAGAGUCAGGAGACUUAAAGACCCCCACAGGGGUUCACCUUGCAUUUGAAGAGAAAACACCUUCGCAGAUCGCUACUCCAUCUGAUACUGGAAAUAUUAUGGUGCUAACAAAAGCAAAGAAACUGAUGUCUCAAUCUCCUAUAUCUGUUAAUAAAGGUAGUAGUGGGAAAGAUUCCAAUGACAUGAGCCUUGUUGGGGAAACCCUGCAUAAGUAUGAUUACGGGAAACUAUCUACCACAUUGGAAGCACUUAUGGCAGGAAGCAGUAAGGAUUUCAGUUUUAUCCCAGCUUCUGACUCUAUCAACUCGAAGUCAUUAAAGAGAAGUGAAGUCUCCUUAUCUGAUGAUGAUAGGAAUAUGCCUGUGGAACUGCAGAAUCAUGUAGAUUCAGAACCAUGCAAUAUUGAUAAGCAUGGUAUGUCUGUUGAUGGAGUUUCUGUUACUUGUAUUGAAGUUGAUAGUGCAAAUGGUGGUUCAAUAAACACUCUUAUUGAUGAAAUGAAUCAUGAUUUCUUGUCUGAUCAAAAUGAUGGUCCAAGUGCCGAUACUUUUGUUGCUUGCCAAAUCCAAACUCCUAUUCAGCUGAACAGAGACAGAAAUAACUUUUCCAAUUUUGUGAAUGGGACAAGUAUGCUCAACUCUGAGUUUCUUGCUGUUAAUAAUGGAACACCACCAAACAACAGUGUGGAAGUCCUUCAGUUGGGUAUGUUUAGACAGCCUGAAUCUGGAAAUCUGCCUCCAACUGGAGAUGAUUUAAAAGAAAACUCUCCUGAAGUUGAGGGACAUGAUCCUAUUAUUCAUCAAGUUUUAGAUCAACGAUACACUUCUCCAUCAGCAGGAUACAUAUCCUCAGUGUCUGCCAAGCAAGAGCAAAUACUUUUGGAUACUAGAAAUUCACAGAGAAUGGCAUUAUAUGUUACUCCUUCUCCAAAACAACCAAGCUCCUUUUUAAGUAGGGACUGCAUAAAACAAGGAGGCAGCAUAUCAUUCCUCCUGAAAAGCAUCUAUAAGUCAAAAAUUGUUCAACCUUCACCCUCUGUUUCAGUUUUGAACGACAGAAUUGACAAUAUAAAACUCAGAUUAUCAGGGUCUGUUUCUUCUAAAAGUUCUCGUUUCAUUUCUGUUACAGAUCAAUCAGGCGAAGGCCUUUGGGUUCAACAUGUAGAUGUCCCCUUCACUAAUCUGGAGGAUCAAUUAUCUACUGUCGAUUUGAAGCAGGAACAACUUAAAAAUAUGGUCAGCAUAGAUAGUGAUGUUAUUGGAACUCUGAAGGCCAUCAGUGGUCUGAGCCAAGAUGAGUUGGCCAUGAGAGAUGAAGGGAGUGGAGAUAAAUUAACUCAAAAUGGGUCAGUAAUGGCUUCACCUGCUAAGCUUGCACAGUCGGUAAAUAAAGGGAUCCUGGAUCAUUCCUUGAUGCCAAAACAUUUGGUGGAUGGAGCACCUUUUGCUUCUGAAAAUAAUUUCCCAUUGAUGGAGAUCAAGCUUGAUCAAGGUAAAGAUAAGAGAGAUGCCGAUGUGUCUGAUAAAAUUGUUUCUUCUCCAGUGAGGAGAUUAGAUCAGAAGUUAUCAUCACCAGUAGAAUAUCAUGACAGUCUCUUAGGUAAUUUGAGCCAACAAGAUCAGGAUGAUGAACUUGUUCCUAGCUCCAGACAAGAUGACUGUUCAAUACAUGCAGUUGCUGAAGAAAGGAUACCGCCUAGCUCAACCUUCAUUGAGGCUAACAGUUUAAAAGACUUAACUCAAGUGAAAAGGGUGGAUGACAGAGAAAAUUAUGGACUUGAUCAUCAAAAUGCAUCCGAAGCCUUGAGGAACUUCCAUUCUCUUCCGAGGGAUGGGAUUGCCCAUAAAUUACAUUCAGGAAGUCCAGAGAAGAAUGACGAGAAGGCAACCAACAUAACUGGCUCUGCUGAGAAAUUUCUUGAAGAAGGGACAGAUGCAUCUUGUAUUUAUGCUUCUCCAGCUGCAAAUGGAAGAAGUACAAAUGAACAAGCACCUCAAAAGAGCUCCUCUACAAGGAAUCCAACUCAGAGUCCCACAGCAAAGGAAUCAACUUGGAGUCUCUCUAGGAAAGAUUCGCAUAAGAUGUCAGAAAGUGAUAAUUUGCAACUCUUUGUAGCAAAAUCUGCACAAUUUCCAUCCUCCAAUUCAUAUUUACAAGGUACUGAUGAAAGAUAUCAAGGAUCUCAUGUUUUAUGGGAUCCAAAUCCUGAACAAGAUCUUGAGAAGUCUACAAAACGUAAAAGAACAACUGAAGAAAUAGCUCUUGGGGAAGCAGAUCAUACAGAGAGGACUAACGAGAUCCAGUGGACUCCCAAAGUUCAUAGAGUUGGGGAAAAUAAUCUGGAGUUCAUGUUGGAAUAUGCUGAUGGGAGUAAUAAGGGAAAUGAAAACAAUAGAGGUGGCAAAUGGAUGAAUAGGACUGAUCUUUCACUUAAAUUAGUGGCAGACACAAGUCAAUUGGUUUCUCCAUUUAUUGCCAAACUAAAUAUGAGAGUGAUAGAUCACCUGGCAGAUAUGCUGGUUCAUCAGCAAAAAAUCAACGUAUUGCAGAUGCUUUGUUCAGAAAUCCAAUCCCAGACAUAUGACAAGUUCAUUGAUGUUAGGCAUAUGAGAGUAGCUGAAACAAGGACCAUGUUAAGCAGAUUAUUCUAUGAAAAGGUUAAAUUGCAGUUAAUGCAUGUGAAGCAUGAGAGAUUACUGAACCGAGGACAGAUGCUGAGAACAGGAGUCCAGGAAGCUCAAAUGUUGAAGCUGAACUGCAUCAGCGAUUUGUCUCCACAUGCUGAAAAGAAUACUCAAGCUGAUAAUGACAAAGUCACCACAAUGAAGCAUGAGGUUGAAGCAUUCAAAAGGAAAAUAAAAAAUUUGACCAACUCUCUUCACAACUAUUACAAGCUGAAAGGAGAACCAAAUUCUGCUGACACCAUUAUAUUACUUAAUGAGCAGCUCAAGAAGAGAACUUGUUGCAGAUUUGUUUGCCAGGAUAUGCAGUUGUGGAGGAUUGAUGGUUUGUUGAAUAGGAAUGGUCAUCACGUUGUUGUUCUCAACUACCAUGGUUUUAUCUGCCAGAGGCUCACACUAAACGCUGGUCCACUUUCAAGCAUUUCUGUUUCAAACAAUUUGAAUGAUAUAAAGAUCAAGAGGAACUUUCCAAACAUGGAUGCUUGCACUGUCUUUGAAUUUGUGUUCAAACCUGAUACAGCCAAGAAGUAUGUUAAUUCCAGAAGUCUGGCACAAGAAACACAAAGAACAAGUUUAAUUUUAAGUAAUCUCCUGGAUGUGCUCAAGGAAGUACAGCUAGCACAGAUUGAGAUCAGUAGUCUUACACAAACUAGUUUUCAAUCAUCUGCUGAUCAGCUUGAUCUGCAGCUUACCUUCAUUGAUUUUGAGAGUGGUAGAAAACUGAUGAUAGAUCUUGACGUGACAUGUUUGGGGAGUGGGGUUUAUCCUACAGAGGUCCUGCCCUCUCGAUUACAGGCUUCCAUUGCUGGGGCUGAAACGUCAUUAUGUCAACCACUCUCGGCAGUAAUGAAAACUGCAGUGGAUGGCCUAAGAGUUGGAUAUUCAAGGAUAUUAAGGCUCUGUCAAUGUGUUUCCCAAGUGCUGCAAGCUUUGAGUAAGUGACCGAGUUUAAAACAUCCUAGGCGAGGGUAGAGACAAUAGUACCAACAAUUUGCUAGACCUUGCCUGUCGCUGGUUUGGGUACUCUGUUGUCUUUUGUAUGCUGCAAAGUCAAUUCGUUCUUGCCAUUUUCAAAGCUCGAUAGCUUAUAUGUAUAUAUCUCUGUAGUGAGAGAUGUUUACAGUUGAUAAAUGCUGUAAAUAUUCUGUUACUGAGCACUAUUUUAGGAAGAAUUGAAACACUAUUAGUACCGUACUGUAUGUAUCACUGUCCUCUGACUUAUAAAUGUUUUUUGGGACCACAUCUUGGCUUUCUUUCAAACAUUUUUGACAUGGCUUUUUCUGGACCACUGAAUGUUCAUGAACUAUGGACCAUGUCUGUGUA